GAGUUGCACUCACUUUUAUUUCCGGUUCCGGUGUUUUGGACUAUCUGGGUUUUUACGGUUAUUUUCAAGUACAAUUCGAGUAGCAUGGCUGCUCGGUCUGUAAUUGGAAGUACUGGGCUGUGUAGGCACCUGUUAGGCAGCCUAACACAGCGGCGUUUGGAGUGCCGCCUCCCUGUUUGGGUGCGUGGAGUUUCUGGGUCUGCGCGCUCCGACUCUGCAGCGACUGUGACGGGCUCAGAUGCGAUAGAUUUCCACAAGCAGCAGCGAGGUGAGGGUCACCUUACCGAGGUCAGCGUGUUUGAGAAGAAUCGUGACUACCAUGGCUUUCAUGAAGAUCCCUUCAUUGAUGUCUGGAAUAUGCGUCUGGCCUUUUUCUGUGGUAUCUCUGUGACCAUUGUGAUUGGAGGAACCUUUGUCCAUUAUCUGCCAGAUCAUGGAAUGCGACAAUGGUCACGGCGGGAAGCUGAAAGGUUGAUCAAGGAUAGAGAGGCCAAAGGAUUACCUCUGAUUGAUGAAAACUAUUACGAUCCCAGUAAAAUCAUUUUGCCACCUUAUGAAGAAGAGUAACAAGAAGCUGCAUACAAAAAGAACUGAUUGAUUCUGACAUGAUCCAUUAACACAAACUUGGGUUAUGUAUUAUUUAAAAUAAAUGUCUGUGUUUAUAUUGGCA